UAUUGCAGCCCUGGCAAACUCACAGCUGUUGCGUGCCAUGCUGCAAUUUGUUUAAUGUUUACAAGAAACCCGAGUUUCUCGCAAUUUGUGAAGCAAAGUGCAGUUACGCGUUAAAUAUCAAUACAGAAAAACGCAUAAGAGAUACGCUCAACACGCAACCGGAAAUGGUAAAUGAAAUCCAUGAGCCCAAGCUGGCUGGCUAUGAUUUCUAUCACCGGGUGUUGGGCUCACCACGCUAUGUGGUUGCUCCAAUGGUGGAUCAAAGUGAAUUGGCCUGGCGUAUGCUCUGCCGGCGUUACGGGGCACAGCUCUGCUAUUCACCCAUGUAUCAUGCGAAUCUGUUUGCCACCGAUCUGAAGUAUCGCAAGGAUGCCCUGCAAACCUGUCCCGAGGAUCGACCAUUGAUUAUACAAUUCUGCGGUAACGAUCCACAGCAAAUAUUGGAGGCUGCUUUAGCUGCACAAGAUCAUUGCGAUGCUGUGGACAUCAAUCUAGGCUGUCCACAGGCGAUUGCCAAGCGUGGACACUACGGCUCCUUUCUGCAGGACGAAUGGGAGCUGCUCACAGACAUUGUGCGAACGCUGCAUGAGAAACUCUCUGUGCCGGUGACUUGUAAAAUACGCCGAUUCGAGGAUCGCGAGAAGACAAUUCAAUAUGCCAAAAUGCUGGAGGCUGCCGGCUGUCAGUUGCUGACCAUCCACGGACGGACUCGUGAGCAGAAAGGACCUCUGACAGGCAUUGCUGAUUGGAGCUACAUCAAGGAUGUGCGAGAGCAUAUUAAGAUACCCAUGUUUGCCAAUGGCAAUAUUUUGGGCUUGGAUGAUGUGCAUCGCUGUCUGGACGAGACGGGCGUUGAUGGGGUAAUGAGCGCUGAGGGCAAUCUGCAUAAUCCAGCAAUCUUUCAGGGCAUUGCACCACCUGUCUGGCAAAUGGCCAAGGAGUACUUAGAAUUCGUUGAUCAAUAUCCCUGUCCCACGUCUUAUAUACGCGGACAUCUCUUCAAGCUGUUUCAUCAUAUCAUGAAUAUACGUUCCAAUUCCCAAUUGAGGGAACAGCUGGCAACAGGCAAUCAGCUCACUCAAUUCCAUGCCGUUGUGGCCAAGGUGCAGGAGAAAUAUGAGCCAUAUCAUACGGGAAUGGCAAAAUAUGAACCGGAAGAAAUGGAACUGAAUAUGAGUGCGGGGGGAAUAGAAGAGUUGCCCAUGCUGCAGCCAUGGUUGUGCCAGCCCUAUAUCCGCGCCUCACCUGAAUCACAUCGCCAGAAAAUCGCUGAAAAACAACGCGAAGCCGUCGAUCCGAAUCGCAUCAAGCGACAAUAUUUUGACAAUGCUGGCAAUGAAAUAUCCAGGAAGCGCAUGAAGAAGCUGAGACGUCGCCAGCGACGCCCUAUCAAAACGGAUGCACAGUGCCAGCUGCGCCACGAACGACACCUCGAAUAUUGCGAGCAGUGCGCCAAUCCACUGGGCUCCAAGUGUGAAUUUCGUCUGUGCCGAAUUUGCUGCCGAGACAAAUGCUAUGCGGAUGAUUGUGAUUGUCCCGGACAUGGCAUACUCAUCAAAUCACGACGCGCCAAGGCUAAGCAGUUCGAAGCCCAUUGCAAGCAAGAAAAUAACAAUGAUUCCGUCUCCAUUGUUUCAGCUGCGAGUCCAACAAUAAUGGAAAGUGACGACCCACCAUUAGCUGAUAGUGUUUCUUGAUAUCGGAAUAGGGAUCGUAGUGAAUUUGUACUGUCUAAUGUAGGAAAUUAUGCGUGCUCUUGUUCCUAUGCCUUGCUGUGCACAUAAAAAUACAAAAACAUAACAAAAAACAAAACCAAAAACAAAAUAUUAAAAGUUUCUCAUUCAUUCAAAAAGUACUUAAACAAGUACUUAGUUAAACUGGCAUUCAUUUAUAAUUAAAUUGUUUCAUUCAUUUAGUCAUUCUUCAUUAUAAUGUUUUAUUGCAAUUCUCAUAUUGUGUUUAUUUUAACUUGAACUAAUCGUAUCGCCGGUACUUUCGUUAAAUUUGAAUUCUGCUCAGUAUACAUUAAUUAGUAUUUUUAUUUAUUAUCUUCGUUAUUUCAUGAAAUAUUUUAGUACAUAGUAUUUUUAGUAUUUUUCGAUAAUUUACCGAUAACGUAAUACAAAUCACCUCUGUUAAAUAAUCAGUGGUUCAGGCUCGUGAACCAAUUCCGACUGAACAAUUUUGUAUUCAAUCAAUCAACACAUCUGUGUCAAGACAAAAAAAAAUAACAAAUGAAUUUAUUCAUUAAAUUGUAACCAAUUUUAAAUAAUAAUCAAAAACGGCAAUAGAGCUAGCGACAAAUCCUGCUAUUGAGUGAUUCCAAAUAACGUGCAGCAUAAGCUAGUUUUACUUUUCUUUACGUGGAACUGGACUUGGCAUUUGCUGCUGAGAAACGCAAAAUAAAUGCAAAGAAUUUUCAAAUGGAUGCAAAUAAGAGCUUCAAAUGCAACGAGCCCGGCUGUGGUAAGGCUUUCUGGUAUAAGGCGGCAUUGAAACGACAUUUAAACACGCACAAGGAGAACGAUCCCGAUGCACCCAUUGUUUCGUGGGGCUGCAACAAUUGCACGAAAAUGUUCACAACAGUCGAAUCGCUCCGACGGCAUUUCAAAACUGCCCAUGGCUCUGUCAAUGUCUAUCCCUGUCAAUAUGAAGGCUGCAACCAGAUGUUUCAGCGCAAGGAUAAUUUGACGCGUCAUACGGCCUCGCAUGAAGACAAUAAGCAUUGUUGCGACACCUGCGGAAAGUCCUUUGCCCGCAAGGACGCACUGACAAGGCACAAAGUCAUUCAUACACGGAAGGCCCAAGCAGCCGAAAGUACAUCGAAGCAAAACCAAACUAGAUUAAACUCUGUUCUCGCCAAGCACAGAUCUGUGGGCUCUUCGGUCUGAGAGUAAAAAGAAGCAAGUUGGCAAAAGGCGUUAGAAAUUAAGAAGGCUAAACAGCAUUUGAAAUACAAAUUUCUUACCAUAAAAUUGAAGCUUUGGGUAAAUAUGCUCAAUAAAAAAAGAAAUAAAAGAGAUAAUAUAUAAAAAUUUCUUAACCAUUGUAAAAAUGCAUGUUCUUAUCGUUAAGUUCAACUUUAUAAAUCAUAUUUAAAUUGUAA